AAGAAAAAGAAAAAGAAAAAGCGCAGUGUUCUACAAUUCAUCGCUUCCCCGAACUAUUUCCCUUUGUAUUCCACCUUUCUUUGUUUUGCUGCAAAUUUCACAUCUCCUUCUUUAGAACAUAUAGAUUAAAAUAAAUUCUCUUCAACACUGUUGAAUUUGCAAAGCCCACUUCUCAAUGUUUCGCAGGUCCAUUUUGCAGCUCGCAUCUCGUAGUUCAGUUAGUAGGGUUCCAUUGCGGACUACUACUCAGAUACCUUCUUAUCUUUCUUUUAGAAGGGCGUUCUGUGUUUCUCCGAAGAAUGAGCCAAUCAAACCUGAUUCAGGCGGCGGUGCCCCUGAACCAGAGAGUCGUUUGCCAAAAGUUCUUGCUGGAGGGCUCGCACUGGGUUCCGUUUUCCUGGCUGCUUACUAUUAUGGGGCUCUUGAUAGGUAUGUAGGCAAAGAGCAGCAGAGCAUGAGCAAAUACACUAAUGCUUGGACUGGUGAUAAGAACACAGAGACGCCACCAGAACAACAAAAUGCAUAUCUUCAAGCUAGAGAAUUAAGUGAAGCUGCUGCUGGUAACAGUCCACAGGGGUCAGAUGUAUCAAUCUCAGAUGCGGACCAUGCCAGGCAAGAUGUUCAAACACAUGCACAGCUAAAUGUGCCAGAAGAAUCAAUCAAAACUGGAGAAGAUAAAGGUCAUCAAGCAAAAGAUAUGGCGGUUCUGGCACCAGAAAAUGUUGAUCAUGUUGAAGGGCGAGAUCUGCCUACUGCUCCUCAAAGCAGCAUGCCAUCAGAUGAUGUAACUAGUAAACCAGCUGAGCAAAGUUUUGACCUGAAGAGCCCACAGGUAAAACCUGAUGAUGAGCAGAACAAGGCUACUGAAAGCACACCAAUUUUUACUGCAGCAGAUAAAACUCCUGCAGAAAUUGAUACCAAGCCUGUAAGCCCUGUACCAACGGAGCAAACCACUACUCAAGACAUGCAAGAGGCUGUUAAGGAUGAUAGCAUACAGAAAUCUAGUUCCCUUCUUGAUGAUUACUAUUUAAGAGACAAGUCUGAAGAAUCUGUGACAUCUUCUUCCAGUAAACUUAAGGAUAUAAGCUCCUCGAUGGAGGAUGUGUAUGAUGGUUUCAUAACCAAGGAUGGGAAAUUGGUCCUUGAUUUCUUGCAAGCCAUACAUGCUGCUGAGGAAAGGCAAGCGGAGUUGGAUGCUCAUUUCUUUGCUGAAGAGAAGAAGGCAAUGAAGGAGAAGUAUGAAAAGGAACUUAAGGAUGCAAGGGUGAGGGAACUCAUGUAUGCUGAGAGAGAAGCCAUUCUUGAUAAGGAAUUAAACAAAGAAAGAGUUAAAGCAGCUGCAGCUCUCAAAUCACUUCAAGAAAAAUUAGAAGAGAAACUGAAAACAGAACUUGAACAAAAGGAAAUGGAAGUGGAACAAAAACUGAAGCAAAUGCAGGACAUGUCUAAAGCUGAAUUGGCUGCAGCAAUUGCUCGUGAGAAGGCCUCCCAGAUUGAGAAAAUGGCUGAAGCAAAUCUUCAUAUAAAUGCCUUGUGCAUGGCAUUUUAUGCACGCUCUGAAGAAGUUCGGCAGACUCAUUCUGUUCACAAGCUGGCCCUGGGAGCACUGGCAUUGGAAGAUGCACUAGGGAAAGGACUGCCAAUUAAGAAGGAAAUAGAGGCCCUCCACACUCAUGUUGAAGGCAUUGACGAUGACUCACUAAUCGCGCUGGUUCUAUCUUCGCUCCCUGACGACACCCAAAAAUAUGGGACAGACACUCUGUCCCAAUUGAACCACAAGUUUGAUGUCUUGAAGGGGAUGCUGAGGCACUUCAGCCUAAUCCCACCAGGCGGUGGUGGGAUAUUGACACAUUCAUUGGCUCAUGUUGCUUCCUGGCUGAAGGUUAAGGAGGUAGAUCAUUCAGGUGAUGGAAUUGAAUCUAUUAUAAAUAGAGUCGAGAGUCUGUUAGCUCAAGGGAAGCUAUGUGAAGCUGCAGAUACGCUUGAGAAUGGAGUUAAAGGCAGCCAGGCAGCAGAAGUCGUCAAUGACUGGGUUAAGCGAGCUAGGAACCGAGCUAUCACAGAGCAAGCUUUGACCAUUUUGCAAUCUUAUGCCACUUCUAUCAGCCUAACAUGAAUGUCAAUCAGGACUAAUUUGUUGCAUUACCAUCGAUCGCUCUAAGUCACAAGUUUCUUUGGGACACUUUUGGGCUUCUGGCUUAAAGAAUCUUAACAGGGUUUCAGAUGCAAUUCAAGCAGUUUUUGUCUCCCUGUUGCUAUACUGCUGUAUGUAAUCAUGAAAAUAAAUGAUUUUUGCCAAGAACCAUUUGUUUGCAGCAGUCAUGAUGGCUGGUUUUAGGAAAAACAAACUGAAGAGACGCUGUAGACAAGUGAACUCCAGUGCAUUCAGUCAGACACCGAAGACUGCAGUUUGUCUUGAGAGGUUGGUUCUGAUGUAGAAGAUUUUCUUAAUCCCAUCAGGGACACAUUCAAUUGUUCUAAUUAAGGAAUCAUUACAAUGCCAAAAGAAAAGGAAUGGAAUAAGAUGUUGGUCUGCUGUUGCUUAUGUUGUUA